AUGUCUGCCGCCGAAGCUACCGAGCCCAAGACCGAGGAGACCAAGCCCACCGAGACCACUGGUGAGGCUGAGAAGCCCGUUACCUCCUCUUCCGUCUUUUCCAUGUUCGGAGGUGGCGCCAAGAAGGAGAAGAAGGAGGAUGAGGACCGCGGCGACAACUCCGGCAGCGCCAAGGCUCAGCGCGAUGCCGCCGCUGCUGGGAAGGGCGAGGAGGAGGAGGCUCCUGAGUCCGAGGAUGUCCACUUCGAGCCCGUCAUCAAGCUGACCGAGAAGGUUGAGACUGCCACCAACGAGGAGGCUGAGGAGCAGCUCUUCAAGAUGCGCGCCAAGUUGUUCAAGUUCGUCAAGGAGACGACUGAGUGGAAGGAGCGUGGUACUGGUGAUGUUCGUCUGUUGAAGCACAAGGAGAACGGCAAGACCCGUCUCGUCAUGCGCCGUGACAAGACUCUCAAGGUCUGCGCCAACCACUACAUCGUCCCUGAGAUGAAGCUUUCCCCCAACGUCGGCUCUGACCGCAGCUGGGUCUGGAACGCCGCCGCCGAUGUCAGCGAGGGUGAGGCCGAGGCCGUCACCCUGGCCAUUCGCUUUGCCAACUCUGAGAACGCCAACCUUUUCAAGGACGCCUUCCUCAAGGCCCAGAAGGACAACGAGGAGCUUUUCAACAAGGCUGCUGAGGGCUCUGAUGCCCCUGCCCCUGCCGUCGAGGAGUCUUAA